CCACUCACUUUGUCCCUUUUUGCUGCCCUUUUCUCCCGCGAAGAUUUUCGUGGCACUCUCUCGUGUACCCAUCACUUGUUGCUCUGUUCUCUUUAUCGCUCUCCCUGCUUCGAUUGAUUUAGUUGACUCAUCAAUCCUCCCCAAGUUCUUCUCCUUCUAGCAGAUAUUUGGGAAGGAGAAGUUCCUCCAUUUUCAAAGGCCAUGUCGGGUCAUCAUUUGGGUUAGAAGGAAUCAAAAAUGCUCUCUUGGGGCAAUCAGUUCACAGAUUGAUUGAGGAAGACAAAAGAAAAAUUCUCAGCUUGAUUAUCUUUCGAAUCAAUCUGCCAUGUGAAGCGAGAAUCUCUUGCUUAUUGUUGUUAGAGAAGAGCAGAAGAAGGGCAGCAUGGCAGCAUCAAUUUCAUCCAUGGAGAGGCAGCAGAGCUUCUCCAAGAAGAAGAUGACCAAACAGUACACAUCGAAGCGGGACGACUCUCCGUUGCACGCGGCGGCUAGGUCCGGGGACUUGGAAUUGGCAUUGGAGAUUCUGGGCGAUUGCCAGGAUGAAGAGGGGCUGAAGGAGCUGCUGUCGAGGCAGAAUCAAUCGGGUGAGACCGCUCUCUACGUGGCGGCCGAGAAUGGCCAUGUCGAAUUGGCGAGGGAGCUGAUGAGGUACUGCGAUGUGGGAUCUGCGGGAAUCAAAGCUAGGAACGGCUACGAUGCCUUCCACAUAGCUGCGAAGCGGGGAGACUUGGAGGUGUUGAAGCUUUUAAUGGACAAGAGCCUUCAGCUCUCGAUGACUGUCGAUUCCGCCAACACGACCGCCCUUUACACCGCGGCAGCCCAAGGCCAUUUUGAGGCGGUCAGCUUCCUGCUGGAGAAAUGCGGGAAUCUGGCCUCGGUGAAUAGGAACAACGGGAAAACCGCCCUGCACUCGGCUGCGAGGAAUGGCCACUUGGAAGUUGUGCGGGCCCUUCUGAGCAGAGAGGACGGGAUCGCAUCGAGAUGCGACCGGAAGGGCCAGACGGCGCUUCACAUGGCCGUGAAGGGGCAGAGGACCGACCUUGUCGGGGAGCUUCUGGAGUCGGAUCCUUGCUUGGUCAACACAGUCGAUAAUAAGGGAAACACGGCGCUACAUAUUGCAACGCGGAAGGUUCGGGCUCAGAUUGUCCUGAGGUUGUUGAAACAAGAAGGAAUUGACAAAGCAGUGGUGAACAAAUCAGGAGAAACCGCUCUCGACAUUGCGGAGAAGUCCUCUGUCAUAGAGAUUGUAGCCAUCCUGCAGGACCAUGGAGUCCCCAGCGCGAAAUCCAUCAACCUGCCAACUCCAAGAAAGGCCGCCCGUGAGCUGAAGCAGACUGUGAGUGACAUAAAGCAUGAGGUCUAUGACCAGCUGGAGCACACGAGGCAGACCCGGAGGCAAGUCCAUGGCAUAAGGAAGAGGAUCGACAAGAUGCACGCGGAAGGCCUCAACAAUGCAAUCAACUCCACCACUGUUGUGGCCGUCCUCAUAGCCACAGUGGCCUUUGCAGCCAUCUUCAGCGUCCCAGGACAGUAUGCUGAUGAUCCCAAAAACAUACCGAAAGGCCAUUCCCUAGGGGAGGCGAACGCAGCUCCGAGAGCGGAGUUCGUGGCGUUCUUCAUCCUUGACUCGGUGGCCCUAUUUGUGUCCCUAGCUGUGGUUGUGGUCCAGACCUCUGUGGUGGUGAUUGAGCGGAGGGCCAAGAGGCUAAUGAUGGCAGUGAUCAACAAGCUCAUGUGGCUCGCCUGCACCAUGGUCUCCGCAGCGUUCUUGGCCCUGUCCUACGUCGUGGUGGGGCCUAAUGAGAGGUGGCUGGCAUUGGGGGUGACGGGGAUAGGGACUGUCAUCAUGGCCGCCACCCUGGGGACGAUGUGUUACUGGGUGGUGGUGCACCGGAUCGAGGCCUCCAGGCUCAGGAGGAGCGCAAGGAGGAGGUCAUCAAUCAGCAGCCAGUCAAGGUCAUGGUCGGUGUCCGACUCUGAAAUUCUAACAAGCGAGUACAAGAAAGUUUACGCUAUUUAACGAGUUUUAUGACGAGGGGUACGAAUUUUGAAUUAUGGGGCUUUCAACCCUUGUCAUGAGAUAUUAUUGUAUGUAUAUACACCAGUCCUAGAAUAUAUUACCAUCUUUCUAUCUCAUAGGUACAAGCGUGUUUAAGUGUAAAUAAAAUGGUAAGAUUGCUAGUCC